AUGAUUCGACGCGUUCGACUCGCCCCCGCUGCCAACAGUGGUCUGGCUAGCCCUUCACGUUCCGCAGCUACCGUCCUAGCAAUGUCGCCUCGGAGGACCCCUCAGUUAACCUCUGGACGCCAGGGCCGAAGUGGAUCUCAUCGGCUAUCACCGGAACUAGACGACCUGGAUGCCGAUCUCGAGGCUGCCGACGAGCUUAUAGCCAGUCUCCAGGGUAACAGCUCACGACAGGUGAACAACAACACGCAGUCCUUGAGCGCCAGGCAACAGCAGUCAAGUGGUAAUGAUAACAACACUUCCUCUUUAAAAGCCCAUAUCACACUUUCUUCAUGUCACGGCCAUUACCGCAUUUCGAGUUAA